AUGGCACCCCCAAUUGUUGACCAGAUAUUCCAUCAGUUACCAUCCCAUUUACGGAACACGAGGCAUAUACGAGAACGGCAUUCACAGCACAUUAUAUUAUUCCAGCAAUAUCACCAGCAGUUUCCCGAACGGAUCCGCCAUCACCGUGAAUUGGUGAUCCCCCAUAAGCCCAUUGCGCCCAUUCCCGGAUUGAUCCCACCGCGGGAUCCCACAUAUCAGUGUAGUUAUCCCGGUUGCCAUUGGAUUGGAGAGACCAUUCGACGGAUCCACGACCAUUGCCGCCAGGAACAUGGAUGGAAAAACCCCCAGAACCGAGGACGACCCCGUUCCAAGGCACCGUCCAAACCCCAGCCCAACAUGCCAUGGAACAUUGUAGCCAGCCAACGGUUUAUCCCCAAAGGACGUGGAUCCCAACGGUUUGCCGUCCAACAUGACCAUACCACCAUCACCACCGCCAUAUCCGAUCCAGAAAACCCAUCAUGGGAUGCGGCGCAGCAGGCGAUGAAGCAGGAGAUCAUCCAUCGAGAGCAGCAGAUCGACGCCGCGGAACGAGAACGGAUCCGUCCCCACGAGUCCCGCGAGGUCAACCCAUGGGUCGAACGGAUGGGAUGGGCCGAUCAUUUGUUAGAGGAGGAUCGAGGCACAUUACGGGCAUUGUUACAACGACCCGAUCCCGAACAAGAGCCCAUAUUGGCCGAGAUUGACGAGCGAUUUCACCGGAUCGUCAUGGUCGCGCAGCGCACCACAUUGACGCGGUUGAACAUAUUCAGUCGAUUUGAGAUGCACCGGAAACAGGUGGAUCAGAUGCCCCAACACCCGUUCCAAGCGCGGAUGGUGGCCGGCACCAUUGAACAUGUGAGUACCGGCGACGUCCGAUUUCAGUUCCAUGCCACCCAAUGCGAGACCAUCCACCAGAUCCGGCAGGCCAUGUCCGAGGACGAGAGCACCCAUUCCCCCGUCCAUGCCACCGAGGAGAUGGAUCCCACCGACCAGCCAUUGGAUGCCGUCGAUCGUGCCAUAUUGACAUGGUGCAUCGCCAUGUUGGACCAUCGAUUACAGGGUCAGCACGGGCAGGAGUUCGUGAACGGCAUCAUCAGCGGGUUGGCCGCCAUGGGGAUCCGGGAGUCGGGUGGAUGGGAGACGGCGUUGGCAUUUACCCCCAAGUUGUCCGCCAUGAUCAAGAUUGCCCGCAUGUUAGUCGCGCAACAGGCAUGGGAGGAAAGCGAGGCCCAUGCCGGAUUGUCCGAUUGUUUCGUGGCAUUACGCGGGAUGAUGUUGCGAUUUAUGACCACCAUGGAACCCACCCCGAUGAAGUGGAUGUUGGAUUCCCGCACAUACGGCAUGAAAAUCCGGUACGGCACCACGGCGGAUGGGUUGAUUGAAUGGCACGGAGACCGCAUCACAUACCAGCAUCAUCGGUUUACCAUGGAUCAAUUGCGGGAGACGGUGCAUGGCAUUAUCAACCGGGCAUGGGACCAUUUGACGCAGGACGUAUUGUUGUUUCCCACCGACCAUCGAUUGCCAACCAUCGCAUGGGAGACCAUGGAGGACCAUGCCGUCGAGGAUCAACCCGGGUGGUAUUUUGCCCAGGAUCCCCGCAAUGCAUGGGACGUGGAUGACACAUGGUGGUUACACGACCGCAUAUGGCAGGAACCCGGAUUCCGACGCGCAUUCAUCCACGCCGAGCGUCCAUCCGGCACAUCCGCCACCCACGCAUGGCGCCCCCGUCGAGUGCAGCAGUGGAUGCGAGCCGUGGGACGGAUGAAGGAGUAUUUAUUGGUGUUGAUGCAUUUGACCAGCGGUGCCCCCGCACGAGGGCCCGAAGCCAUGUCCAUCCGGUACCAGAACACCCCGUUUGGCGGAUUACGCAACCAGUUGAUCGAGCACGGGUUGGUGUCAUUCAUGACCACGUAUCACAAAGGAUACCACAUCCAGGGUCGACCCAAGAUCAUCCAUCGAUACGUGCCCCGGGCCGUGGGCGAGUUGUUUAUAUAUUUCCAACGGUUGGCCAUGCCAUUCCAACGCCACGUCGAAACCAUGGUGUACGGACAACCCGAACGGAGUGGGUUUAUAUGGCCGCCCCAGGAGGUGGAUGGCACCACAUGGACGUCCGAACGGAUGAAACGGGCCAUGCAACGAGAAACCGAGAUUGGCAUGGGGGUCCCAUUGACCAUCAGCGCAUGCCGGCAGAUCAUGAUCGCCAUUGCCCGGCGAUAUUUGGGUCCCACGACCGGGUUUGAGAGCGAUUCGAUGGAGGAAGAACAGGAGAUGGAUGAGGACGAGGAUGGGUGUUGGUGGACGGCCGACGAUGCGGUGAUUGAUAUCCAAGCCGGACAUGGAAGCCACGUGGCCGGGAUGAUAUACGCACGCGGCGUGGAGGAAGCCCCCGGGACCAUGGCGGCCAUGAAGGCCCAGUUUCGACAGGCCAGUGAGCGAUGGCAUCGGUUUUUGGGAUUUCCCCCCGUCCAUCGUGCCGGCAUGAAACGAACACGAGGGAUUCCCACGGUGGAUCCCCGUGCCGUGGCCCAUUGGCACGCCAUGCGACAGGCGCCCAUUCAGCCGUUGUUGGAAGGGAUUGUCGGACCCGGCGCCCAGUUCCAGGGGAUCCAGAAAGCGGCCAUUGACGCCGUCAUGGGCAGUGCCCCGUGGGUAUUGGGGGUGAUGGGCACCGGUGGUGGGAAGAGCAUGAUAUUCAUGGUCCCCGUGGCGUGGGAGCGUGCCGGGACGAGCAUCGUGGUGGUGCCGACGGUAUCGUUACGGCAGGAUAUGCAGCGGGAGUGUGCGCAGGCGGGCAUAUCAUGCGUGCCGUGGAAUUCCCAUCGACCGCCCGAGACGGCGCGGAUCGUAUUAGUGACGCCGAAAUCGGCCACCAGCAAGGGGUUUCGAUCGUACAUCAGUCGAUUGCAGGAGCGGAACCGAUUGGACCGGAUCGUCAUCGACGAAUGCCACACGAUAUUGGACAGCCGCGAGGAGUUUCGACCGAAGAUGGCGGGAUUACACGUGUUGAUGACCAUCGGCAGUCCCGUGGUGUUGUUGACGGCCACGUUGCCGGCCGUGGAUGAGGUUCGAUUAUUCCAGCGGUUGCAGUUGACGCCCACCGUCGUGCAACGAUUCCGCAGUCCCCACACGACGCGGGUCAACAUCGCAUAUCGGGUCGAGUCGAUGAGCGUGGACGUGGAUGAGGACGAGGUGGUGGCAUUCAUCCGGCAGCGCGAGGCCCAUUGGCAUCCCCGUGGCGGCCAGAUCAUCGUAUAUCGGAGCGAGACCGGCGACGUGGACGCAUUGGCCACCCGAUUGGGUUGUUUGGCAUAUCACGGCAAGAUGGCCGUGGCCAUGAAAGAAGCACGCAUUACAGGCAUUCACCCCGCAUCCCGAGGGGACGACGGACCCCAUCCGCAGUGGCAUGACGAUUGUGGCGACGAACGCAUUGGGCAUGGGCAUCAAUAUUCGCACCGUGCGGAAAGCGGACGGGCCGGACGGGAUGGGCAGGCCAGUGAAGCCAUCAUCAUCGCGCCCACGCCAUUCCAGGCCCGCGGAUGGUCGCAGUGGGAGGCCGGAUAUGAAGAAGGGAAACAGGCCAUGCGGGAGUAUUUCCACGGCACCAGAUGUCGACGGGCGGUAUUGGAUGCGUAUUUGGAUUCAUACGAGAGACCCGACGGUUGUACGGACGGUGAGGCACCAUGUGAUCAAUGCAGCGUCCGUUCGCAUCCAUCCCCAUUGCAUUCCGCCGACGUGACGGCCACAUGGAUGGCGCAGGAGCAGCAGAAGCAGACGAUGGCCCAGCAGGUGCAACGGAUCCGUGGGGAGGCGGCCAUGGCGGUGGAUCAAUUAGAGAGCACAUUAUUGCAGUGGCAACACCGAUGUGCGGUGUGUUAUAUGGAGACGAUGGAUGUGGCCAUGUCCAUGCAUCCCAUCACGGCAUGUUCCCAACCCGCGGCGGGCAUUGUCCAGGGUCACAUCGAGCAGAUGACGCGGCAGAUGCGGGAGCGGCGCAAAUACGCGCGGUUUUCGUGUUGUUUCACAUGCGGGGUGCCCCAGGCCAUAUGCCAGCGAUACGAGGCCCGUCCCGACGGUGGAUGGCGGGUCAUUCCCGAACGACAAUGCCAGUUUCCGGACGUGGUGAUCCCGACGGUGAUCAGCAUCAUGCAUUUGAACCCCGGCGCAUGUGCGGAGACGAUAUAUGCAUGGAUGCGCGACGACCAGGUGGAUGUGGAGGAUGCCGACCACGUAUAUGCAUGGUUUGGGCAGAAGAUCCGAUGGAGUGGCAUGGAAGGGACCCGAUUGAUUGAGGUGUUUUAUCGGUUGAGUCGGUUUGUGAUUGCACCCACAUCCCGGUCCCCACGAGCAUGA